UCAUCAUUCCUUUCUAAAAAGAGCUGGCAUAUUACUACCAUGCGUAUGCAGGAGAAAAUAUGGAGAGCUGAACAAAAGGAUGAGGAUGAGAAGAAGAAGAUUGAACAGUUGAAGAAGGAGAGAAUGGAGGAGGACCAGCUACAUGAGUUGAAACAGUUGAAUGCUUUGAACACUGGAAAGGCAAAGACUGAGAGGAUUGAUUGGAUGUAUGAAGGUGCAUUCACAUUGCAACAGAAUAUGUUGCAGAGAGCCAAUGACUAUCUGUUGGGCAAGAAGAAAUUUGAAGACAGUCAAGACAAUCAGAUGAAGCUGUUGAAGAAUGUACCCGGUGCAUUGUUCAUGCCAAAGUCUGCACAGACAUCAGAUUCCAUACAGGAGGUCAGGAGUAAACUCAGAGAGGAUCCACAAGAGUUGAUAAUGAGGAAGCAGAGAGAAGCAAGAGAGAAGAUAUUGCACAAUCCAGUGGAGAUGAAGAAGUUGGAGAAAGAGAAACAACAUGAUUUGGACAAGAUUAUGAAGAAACUAAAGAAGAAGGAAAGGAAGGAAGAGAAGAAGGAGAAGAAAGAGGAAAAGAAGAAGAGGAAAGAGGAGAAGAGGAAGAAAGAAUCAGACAACAAAACAAUGGACAAUGGAGUUGAGAACAAGCAUCAUAGAUCAAAUGACGACGAAAGAAAACCAGAGUCAAGAUUGGAUCGAAAGGAACAUGGUCAAGACGAUGAAAGGAGAACUCAGGAUUCAAGAGACGAGAGAAGGGACGACCGAGACAGAAGAGACGACCGAGAUAGAGUAGAUAGAGAUAGAAGAUAUGAUGACAGAGAUAGAAGGGACGACCGAGACAGAAGAGACGACCGAGAUAGAAGGGAUGACAGAGAUGUAUAUAGACGCGAUGAUAGAGAUAGGAACAUUGAUCACAGAGAUCGAGGAGAAAGAAGACAUCAUGAUGAUAGAGAUAGAAGGGAUGAUAGAGGUGGAUAUAGACGCGACGAUAGAGAUUCUUACAACAGAAGAGACUACAACAGGAGAGAGGAUAGUAGAGAUAAUCAACACCAAAAGAGAGACCGUGAUGAAGAGGACUCUAGAUCAUCAAACAAGAAGAUUAGACCAACUGGAAUGUCCGAAGAAGAAAGAGCAAAGAAACUGGAAGAAAUGCGACAGGAUGCACUAAAUAGAGAGAAUGAGAGAAAGACAGUAAUCACAACUCAGAAGGAAGAAGAAGUAGCAACGCCGGCUGUACCAAAGUCACUGGAAGACAGAGGUGCAACCUUCUUUGACACAAUCAACAAGGAUGUAUACGGAGACUCGUCCUCAUUGGAGGAUCGCAUGCGACGAAACAAGUUUUAUCUUAGUAAA